AUGGCUUUUCCAAAACUAAAAACUAAAGGAGUAAUUUUAAAGAUUUAGAAUUCAAAUAUAGAAAGUAAUUCUUCAUUAAAAGAAAGUCAUAUUGCUUCUGCAAGUCAUAUAAAUAAUAGUUAAGUACAUAAUAAAAUAAAAUACAGAAUUAAUUAGGACUAUUAAAAAGCUUUUGAAAAUUAUUAAGAAAGAGAGCCAUAAAAGAUAAAGCCUAAACCAUUUUAAAAGACUUAAGUAUUUCAUCUAUUUUAAUAAUUAGAAGAUGAUUUGAAUAAUUAAGUCUCAAAUUUGUCUCAACCUAAAAAGGAUUAAAAACUGGAAGGUUCUACUUAGCUUUAAAAUUAGUUUAACAUACAUUUGGCUUUUAAAAAAUAAGAAAAGGAAAUCAAAAAAUGUGACUACUUUUAUCAAGAAAAGAUUAAGUUUUAAAAUUUAUUCCAUGAAAACUCUUUUUAAAGUUCCACUGAAAAUGAAAUUUUAAAUAAAUCUGAUUAAAAUAUAAAGUAAACUCUCAAAAGAUUAGAAUAAAUCAAUGAUCUAAAAUUUGAACCCAAUUAUCACCAUAAUUUAAAGAAAAAUUAAGAUUUGAUAAAUAAAGAAGUAUCCAAAGUUAUAAAAACAGAAAAUAAUAGUUAUUUAAAUGAUGGUAAACAUCAGCUUUUACCUUAAUUAAUAAAUUUUAAGGCAAAUAGAAGUCAUAGUCCUAAAAGAGUUAAUGAAGAUUAAAGCUAAAUAGAUGAAUAAUCUAAAAAUAUUUCAGAACAAUCAUAAAACUUAAAGUAGAAGUAAAUUUAUAUAUAAAAUAAAUAAGAUUCCUACGUAAUCAAAAAAUUAAAAAAAUAAAUGAUUGAUUAUUUGGAUGAAAUAAUUGAAAAUUUUGUGAAAGAUGUACAAAUUUCCUAAAAUGAUAUUUGUGGAAUUCAUUAAGCUGUUAUUUAGCUAAUUACUAGAAUAUUUGUUUUGAGAGAAAUAUCAACUACUUAGCUAAAAAAUGUCAUAGAAGCUAUUGAUAGCCUUUACUUUUGUAAGAAGAGUAAUCCGCUAAUUAAAAUUAUUAAUUAACAAAUAAAAAAUUCUAAAAUUUAAGAAGCAAGCAAAGUUGCAUACAAAGACCUUUGCUAGAUUUUAAGCACAGAGCUGACAUAAUUAAAUAAUAACUAUCUCAAAUAGAUUAACUAAUUAAUUUAUUAGAGAGAUUAAUUUAGUGAAAAAAUAAAGAGCUUAUAUCAAAUUUCAACAUCGCAAAGUAUAUCGUAAGGAGAAAAACUAAAAUAAGAAAUUAAUUUAAAGCAGUUAGAUGAUACAUUCAAGCAAGUAGAAAGUAUAAAAUAAAAUUAAUAAGCAUCAAAAUAGUAAAUUAUGCAAACAAUUUCUGAAAUAUUUGAUCAAAAAAGUAGAAAUAACACUAAAAGUUAUGAAAAUAAAUGCAAAAAUAAUCUGUUAGAAGAAGAAGAAGAAAAUAGUAAAUUAGAAGAUUAUUUAGGCUAAUAAUGA